AUGACUGUAAAACUCGCUCUUCUGUCACUUUGUCAAGCUUUGAGCUCAUUGAGUUUCCAUGCUCAGCUUGUUGCUCUCAUUGCCAAUGUAUUCUCAGUGGAUGCCUUAGAGAUUGCAAAGCAGUUCAACCUCAAAUCAUACGUUUACUUUCCCAUGUCUGUUACUUCCUUGUGUUUCUGCAUCAAGUUUCCCGAACUUGAUGAGGAUCAAGAGAUGGUUUCUGCUGGAUUUCGAGACUUAUCACAACCUUUGAAACUUCCAGGUUGCAUAGCCUUUCAUGGCAAGGAUCUCCCUGACAUAGUUCAAGAAAGAUCAAGUGAAUCCUACAAAACAAUUCUUCACAUUUGUAAACGAUUCAAUUUUGUAGAUGGUAUCAUAGUGAAUAGCUUCUUAGAACUAGAAUGAGAG